AUGAUCUACGGAUUUUUCGUCAUUAAUGAGAACGGAGACAUCCGCCUUGCCCGUGCUUAUGUCGAAAUGAGCCAAGAAACAAGAAAUCGCCUCGCCCACGAAGUUUUCAGAAUGGUUUCUACACGUGCUUCAAAUCUUUGCAACAUUCUUCCAGGAGAUGGCAUCACAAGCUACGAAUUCCAACGCAAAGUCUUUAUAGUUUAUUGUGCUUAUGCUUCUCUCUUCGUCAUUACAGUUGUUGACGAAUGUGAAAAUCCAUUAGCUAUGUUGGACAUUAUUCACACAUUUGUCGAAGUCCUUAACGGCUGCUUCAAGGAUGUUUCUGAAGUACAGUUAGCAUUCAACCCAGAUAAAGCUUUACAAGUACUUGAUUCGCUUAUUAACGGUGGCCUGAUCUUUGAAACACAGACAGAUGUUGCUUUAUCUCGCCUUGCAGAAGAGAAUGCACAGGAUAAGCGUUUUGGCAUUAAAAUGAAUAUCCCUGCAAAAUAA